GACUCUCCUUUAUGAUGUUAUCAUUAAAGUUGAUAAUGCAAAGUGAUCUUUGAAGUCAAGAAUUGCGAAAUUUGACAAUAUACAAUAUUUUAGUUACAUUAUUUUGUUUUCCAAACAGUUUUUUUUUAGAAAUAAUAUUAUUUACCAAUUUUAUUACUACCUUUUUAUAUUUUAAUUUUUUAAAUAAAUAAAUUGUGAAAUUUUUAUCGCGAAUUGAUUGAAUUACGCAACUAAAAAUCAAGUGUCAAAAAAAUGACAAACAAAGAGGAGCAAUUUGGUGAAAAAUUAUGGGGCGGAAGAUUUACUGAAAAUAUGAGUUCAUCAUUAAAGAAAUUAAAUUUUUCAAUUGACAUCGAUAAACGAAUGUAUAGGGAGGACAUUGAGGGCAGCAUCGCAUAUUCCGAAUCGCUCCUCGAUGCUAAACUAUUAACAACAGACGAAUAUAAAUCCAUAAUUGAAGGUCUGAAAAAGGUUCAAUUUGAGUGGGACAAUGAUGAGUUUGAAAUAAAAUCGGAGGAUGAAGAUAUUCACACGGCCAAUGAACGAAGGCUGACAGAAAUAAUCGGCACAGUAGCACGAAAAAUGCACGUGGGAAGAAGUAGAAAUGAUCAAACUACUACCAACACAAAAAUGUGGCUUAGAAAAUCAAUUAAUUCAAUUUUAAUCAUCAUAACCGAAAUCAUUCAGAUGCUAGUAACGAGAUCUGAAAAAGAAAUAGAAAUUCUAAUGCCAGGUUACACACAUUUACAAAGAGCCCAACCAGUUCGUUGGAGUCAUUGGCUAUUGAGUCACACUUGGAGUUUAAAAAAUGAUUACGAUAAGCUUCUACAAAUGAAACAAAAUUUAAACGUUUGUCCUUUGGGAAGCGGUGCUUUAGCAGGCAAUCUCCUUGGAAUUGAUAGGGAAAAAUUGGCUUUAAAACUUGAAUUUGAUUCUGCAUCUUCAAAUAGUAUGCAUUCUGUUGGCGAUCGCGAUUACGUGGCUGAAUUUCUAUUCUGGGCUUCUUUAACUUCAAUUCACUUGAGCAAAAUAGCCGAGGAUGUGAUUAUUUACAGCAGUGAAGAAUUUGGAUUUAUUAAACUAUCAGAUUCAUUUUCAACUGGCAGCAGUUUAAUGCCACAAAAACGCAAUCCUGAUAGUAUGGAACUUCUACGGGGAAAAUCGGGCACGAUUCUUGGAAAAUGCUUCGGCUUCAUGGUAACAUUAAAAGGAACUCCUUCAACGUACAAUAAAGAUUUACAAGAAGACAAAGAAGCGCUUUUCUCGACAUUUGAUAUUUUUUUGGAAAUGUUGAGAACUGCAAAUGAGGCUUUAAGAACUUUGAAAGUCAAUAAAAAUAAAUGUGGAGAUUCAUUGAAUUACAAUAUGUUGGCAACAGACAUAGCUUAUUACCUCGUGAAAAAAGGGAUUCCCUUCCGAGACGCACACAAUAUCGUUGGCAAAAUUGUAACAUACGCCGAAAAAAAUAUAAUCGCAAUUCAAAAUCUACCUUUACAGCAACUGCAAAUAUUUUCGUCAGCUUUCACCACAGACGUAAAAAAUAUCUGGAAUUUCGAAAAUAGUGUCGAACAGUAUAAAACCGAGGGAGGUACGAGUUUAACAGCAGUUCGGGGACAAAUUGAAGAGCUGAAAAAUUGGUUAAAAAAUUGUGUAUAAAUAAACAUCAUCUUUGAUUAAAAAAAAAGAAAUAUAAUUUUGGUACAGAUUAAAAUAGAUAAUUGUCAAUAGAUUUAUAAGCUAUAUUUCUCAAGAAGGCCAAUGAUAUGUAAAAAUACAUUUAUAUAUAUUUAUAUAUAGAUUUAUAUAUAAUAUAUAUUAUCUAUGUACAAUACUCUAUUAAAUGUCAGGUGCAGCAACCAAGAUAUACACAUACUAUACAUAUAAUUACAUUUUAAGAUUUUUCUUUUUCUUUUUAAAAAGACCAUGAUCACCAUUAGAAGGUUUCACCUGUUCUUAUAGGUUAAAAAUAAAUUUAAGAUCUUUAAUGUUUCGCAUUUCUUUGCAACGAUUCUUUAUAAAUUAUCUUGUUACACAUAGUUAACAUUUAUCGAUGCUCUUAACACACAUUUUGUGUUCUUAUCUCUUUUCUUUUCUUUUUUUUUCAAUAAAAAAACUCACUGAAACUUAAAAGUUAACUUUGAAAAUCGAAACCAACAAAUUUUGUAUAAACAAUUCAAAUUUAAGUUUCAGAAUAAUGUUAUUUCAAAUGUAAGUGACGCGCUCGAUGCGCUUUUAAAAAAAGGUCCUAAGAGCAAAGAAUUUUAUGGUUUGUUUAAUUUUUAGAGUAAAACUACAGAAGGAGAAAUCGAUUAUGAUUAAAAAUUAUUAUGUCAUUAAACAUUUAAUAAAAACUGGUUUUUAAUUUAAUUAAAAGGAUGUUUUUAGUUACGAUAAAUCUAGUAGAAACAAUUCGUUUGCUUCUCAGGUACCUUUCUUAUAAGUUAAAAAAGAAUUGUUUUAAGAAUCAAAUGGUCGUUUUUCUUAAACUAAUACAAAAUAAAUAAAAAAAGAAACAAUUUUUUGCAAGACAUUGUAGAGUACUACACUGGGAAUUAUAAGAUCUGACAGUAACUACAACUACCAGUUUUUUUUAAAUUUACUCUAAAGUACAAUUUUUUUCUGGUGUAUAAAAUUUACACUAUCUGGGAAUAAAAUUUCCUUUUUUAAUAAUAAAAUUAACAUUCUAUUUUAUUUAAUUCCAUUUGGCCGCAAAACUUUUUUUUCAUAAAUAUAAUAUAAACUUUUUCUGAUAAUUAAAUAUGACUGUCAGGUCUCAUAUUGUAGGACAACACAUCUUAUUUAUAUUCAACAUUUUUCCUUUCAUUAACAAAAAUUAUAUCUUAAAUUUUCUAAUUUUCGAUACAUAUACAUUUAUGUGCAACAACUAAGUUUAACAUUGUGAAUGUUUUCAAUGCUACCACUUGAUUUUUUUUAUUAAAAAUUAAUAAAAAUGGUUCAAAAUUUCUCCUUCAUUUUUUUUAAAAACAAUCGAACAAAUAAUACACGCGAGACUUGAAAGUGUUGUUGUGAUAAAUAAAGUUUAAAAAUAUUUUCUCAUAACCAUAAACUACUAUAAAGUUCAUUGUUAUAUUAUAUAUUUUUUUUAUAUAUAUAUAUUUAUAUGCAAUUUGCAAGGCACUCCAGAUUUAUAUUACAGCUAUAUUUUACAAAUGACUGGCUACCAUUUAAUAGAGCUUUUCUUUCCCUUCAACAAGAAUGAUUCUUUUUCCUUGUUUUCAAAUUUGUUUCAAAAAAUUUUCAAUUUUAAUUUAAAUCUCUUUAACACAUAUUUUAUUCAAAAAACUAAAAAUUCUAUGGAAAAAAAUGAAACUCGUGUAAAAAAUGAAAAAAUUUCUUUCAUUCAAACAUUCGAAACUGAGAAUGAUUUUUUUAGUGCUCUAUACGAGAAUAUGGUAACCUAUUUAUACACACUUAAGAUUUUUACCCUAGAGAACAAUAUCACUAAUAUUCAGCGACCAUAAAUAUUUAUGUUAAAUUGAAGAAAAAAGAACUGAAACAUUUUUACUGUGAUUAUUAUAAUAAUGUUGAAUAAAAAGAAUCAGAUAUUAAUGAAGCGAUUAGCACAAUUAAGACAAUAAAUGAAUAUCGACAACACUGUCAAUUAUUUUCAAGAGAAGAUUUCUUACUCCAUUAUUAUUAUUUUAAAAAAAUGACUAUGACUCGUUGUACAGAAAGUACCUUUAAAUUCAAAUAAAAAAUUUUCCUCUUAGUUUCUAAAAAUUUUUCAAGUGACAAAGUAAUUUCUUUUUUUUUUGACGUAAUUGAACUGUACACAUUUUGCUAAUGUCACUGGUGAUACAUAUAUAUUUUUUUCUUUUAUCUUCUGUGGCGAUUGGUAAAUGUCUUUACUAAAAAAAAAAAAUUGCCCUCCCAGUUUGCAUUUAUAAAUGUCUGCGACAUGUUCAUAAACUUUGGCUUCUCGCUUUAGUAAGAGCAAGUUU